AUGGUACAUCUGGACAAGGCUGCCAGAAUCACAAGACUAUGGUUCAUCUGUCUUAGUCUGCUUCAUGUGGUAGAAGGGUCCUUCAAUGUGUAUGCUGGAUUGGAUGGGCAGCUUUUAAAGGAAGAGUUCAAGCUUUCAGAGCAAUGCUUGAAGUCAUUAAACAGCACAGUCCUAUGCGACGAAGCGAUAGGAAGCAUGGCGGCCUCGGGCCCCGACCAAUACUGCAAGUUUUGCUCUAACACAACAAAGUUGUGUACUCAGGAAUGUGCGGCAUCACUAUCAUCUUGGUUGAACGCUGUGGACCGUGAUUGUGACCGGCAGACGGUGUUUGUUGGGGAUGUCUACAUGCUUGCCAAGACGGUUCCAACAGCAUGGAAGGAAGGGUACGACUUAGUAUGUUUACAAGAUAGCUCAUCAGAUUGGUGCUUUGUAAAUUCACAGAGAUGGCAGGGUAGUGAUUAUAUCCGAUGGGAUCCAGAAGUGUGUUAUUAUGAGUAUGAGGGUGGUACACCUCCAGAAUGCUUAGACCCGGAUUUCUCUACGACCCAGAUGACAAAGGAUAUGAUGGACGUGACCAAUCUUUACGAGAAAGACCUUCUAUGUAGCGAAUGCUUCAUAAAAAUGUGGAGACAGCGGCUUAUGUCGGCCCUGCUCCCAUCCGGCGAGCAUACGGACUACCUUCUCGAUCAAUACUCCACAAUACAGGAGUAUUGCUCUACCAAGCUCCCUGUGACGACUUACGAAACUACCUUGUUUGCUUCAACUCGCACCAUGCCAGUUACUGCCACCGGAACCCCUCUCCCAUCACCAACGAGCUGUCCUGGGCAGUUGAUUGAACCAUCUGAUUCCUGGAUGGGCUGCCGCGAAAUAUCUGAUAAAUACAAUGUGAGCACAGGGACAGUGGUUGAUGCUACACAGGAUAAACAGUGUCAGUUUGAUACCCCUUUGUGCUUGCCUAAGCCUUGUGAAAUCGAUACUAUAUGGGGGAAAACAACCUGUGAAGAGUUAGCAGCUCGCUAUUCCACUGAUGAGCUCCCUAUAUCCGAGACGCAAUUCUUAAGCUGGAAUCCAAACAUCCUAGGGGCCUGUAGCUGGGUGCACAACUCGCAACGCGUUUGCAAAGGCCCUCCAGGUGGCUUUUUCAAGGCUUCUGGCGUGAUCUAUGCUCCUACUACUGCAGGCUCAUAUUAUACAACAGCAAUCCCGGCGGAGCCAACACGCCCUGGCACCGCCCCUGACUGUGGCCGGUAUUACAAAGUUGUUGCUGGUGAUGAAUUGUGGAAUAACUGUACCAACCUGUGGCUGAAUUACGAUGUCUGCGUUGCUCCAGUUACCAAAACUAUGAUAUCAGAAGAUGGAACAUGUGGCCCAUCCCAUGGGAAUACCGCCUGUGAAGGAAGCUCAUUUGGAAAAUGCUGCUCAAUAGGCGGAUAUUGUGGCAAUACCUCGGAGUACUGCAGUCCAGGAAACUGCGUUUCCGGAGCGUGUGAUGCAGGAGGCGACACUGCUACCCAAGAUGGGACCUGUGGUCCUGAAUGGAAAUACACGACGUGUACCAAUCCAAGAUUCGGCUCGUGCUGUUCUAUCCAUGGUUAUUGCGGUAGUGGAUCAGAGUUUUGCGGUCCUGGUCUAUGUUUCUCGGGAGAUUGUGAUGAUGAUAAUGGUGGUCCGAGUGUUAACGGCGAAUGCGGGCCCAGCUUUGCCGGGAACAAGACAUGCACUGGCACUCAAUUUGGUAAAUGUUGCUCGGUAGCUGGAUAUUGCGGAAGUACGGAGGAGUAUUGCGGUCGAGAUUCCUGUUAUUCUGGCGAUUGUCAUUAG